AUUGGCAUUAGUUUAAACGGCCGACGGCGAUCCCCCCCAAUUCUAUUUUCCAUUUAGUAUCAUUUACAACCUGGACACGUUGUUGUUAGCCAAAAUUUGCGUUAUCUUUGUUGGUUGUUCCGUAUAAAAAACAGCAGCAGCAGCAGCAGCUUCAAUCAAAAUGGCGACCGUGAACGUUAACCGCAGCGUGACGGACAUCUUCUACCGCUACAAGAUGCCACGCCUGCAGGCAAAGGUCGAGGGCAAGGGAAAUGGCAUUAAGACCGUUCUGGUCAACAUGGCCGAGGUGGCACGGGCCAUCGGACGACCGGCCACGUAUCCAACCAAGUAUUUUGGAUGCGAGUUGGGCGCCCAAACCUUGUUUGAUCAUAAGAAUGAACGUUUUAUUGUAAAUGGCUCUCACGAUGUGAACAAGCUGCAGGAUCUGUUGGACGGCUUCAUUCGCAAAUUUGUUCUGUGCCCCGAGUGUGACAAUCCGGAGACCAAUUUGACUGUUUCGGCCAAGAAUCAGACCAUUUCGCAGUCCUGCAAGGCCUGUGGCUUCCAUGGACUGCUGAAGGUCAACCACAAGGUGAACACGUUUAUUGUAAAGAAUCCGCCUUCGUUGAACCCGGCCGCCCAGGGCUCCUCGCUCACCGAGGGCAAGCGCUCGAAGAAGCAGAAGCAGAAGAACGAGAACUCUGACGGCUCCAUGUCCAACAACUCGAUGGCCAACAACUCUGGCGGUGAGUCGGACGGCGGCAAUGGCUCGAACCAGGCUAGCCAGACGGAGGCCGAGAUAAGUGCUGCCAUUCCGGAGAAGAGCAUAGCCGAGGACGAUGAUGAGGGCUGGAGCGUGGAUGUGUCAAAGGAGGCCAUACGUGCCCGCUUGCAGGAUCUAACCGACGGGGCCAAGGGCAUGACCAUUUCGGAUGACUAUGACAAGACCGAAAAGGAGCGCAUCGACAUCUUCUAUGAGCUGGUCAAGGACAAGCGCGACAAGAAGCAACUGGACGAUCUGGCCACGCACAAGGAGCUGUUCAUCGAGGCGGAGCGUCUGGAUAUUCUCAACAAGGCGCCCAUGGUCCUCGCCGAGCUCCUUUUCAGCGAGAACAUCAUCAAGGAGGUGCAGAAGAAUCGCCACUUGCUGCUUCGCUUCACCUUCAACAAUCCGAAGGCACAACGCUAUCUAAUUGGCGGGGUCGAGCAGACCGUUGAGUUGCACACGAGCGCACUGAUGUCCAAGGUGGCCGGCAUCUUCAAGAUGUUCUAUGACCAGGACAUACUCGAUGAGAAGGUCAUUCUAGACUGGGCACAAAAGGUGAGCAAGCGUCAUGUCUCGAAGAAAAUUGCCACGGAGAUACACGAGAAGGUGAUGCCGUUUGUCCAGUGGCUUAAGAACGCCGAAGAGGAGUCCUCCGAUAGCGAAGAAGACGACGACAUCGUUCAGCCAGAGGAUUCCGAAGAGGAGGACGAUGGCUACCGCUAUAGGAAUAAGAAUAAUAAACAACAGCAACAAGACGGCGGCGAUGACGGAGAUGGAGCUGAUGACAUUGAUAUUGAUGAUAUUUAAAGCGAGCUAAGCUGUGGCGACGGCGGCAGCGACAUAAUCCUUAGAGCUGAGCGUAAGCAGAAGGAAGGAACAGAAUCGGUAUCUCCGCCUGCUGGUUUAGUUUUCUUUCAAGUCAAGUUCGGUUCGCAGCGUAGUAAGGAUCAUCGUCAUGUCACAUGUUACGCCAUGUUGCUCCAACUUUGCUUUAGUUUGAUUUUUCGCUUUAUCAUUCAAUUGUGAGCAUUACAUUUAACCAAGCUGCUGUAACAAUAGACGUUAAUUGAACUUAAUUACACCAACCCUUAUAUAUUUCAACAAUAAAUUCAAAUAAAAUAUAAAAUGCAAUAGCAAA